AUGGAGUCGCUUUCCUACAAGGUGGAACAACUACCUGGUCCCGUUUGCCAGCUCGGGGAAGGUCCCAUUUGGGAUGUGGAUAGUCAAAGUUUGUAUUAUGUAGACGCUCUUGGGGCGGCGAUUCUUCGUUUCGAUUACAAUGAAAGUGAAACUUACAGGGCAACAAUAGAUGGUUUGGCGCCGAUUUCCUUCAUAUUUUUAGUCGAAGGACGUCCUGGUGAGUUCGUUCUGGGCACGGGAAUUGACUUGUCGUUGGUUAGCUGGGACGGGAAGUCAACGAAGGCAACAUUGCUGCGAAAGGUGGCCAGUUUGGCCCUGAAGGGAGUCAAACCGAUGCGCUUCAACGAUGGUAAGGUGGAUCGGUUUGGCCGUUUGUAUGCUGGAACCAUGCUAAUGGAAGGUCACGGGGAUGUUUUCGAAGAAAGGGAAGGAAAGUUGUAUCGAUUCGAUGGUAAAUUUGGUGGAAGCUUUAUCCAGCAAAAGGAUGGUAUUGGCAUUUCCAAUGGGAUUACUUGGAACGAGCAGAGCGGAGUUCUGUAUUACGUUGACUCGUGCACGUUUGAUGUAAAAGUGUUCCAGGUCAACGCUGCUGGAGAUUAUAACGUGAAUUCAAAAUGCUUUAUGACUCCCAACAGUUCCUUUCGCUCAUCGCUUGUCAACUCGUGUUCCACCUCGAGGGAAUCUUCCGUUGGUAUUUGUGCUUUUUCCGGUAUAUCGAACGUCGGUAUGUCCAAAGACGUGUCUUCGGACGUUGGCAGUUGUGGCAAGUAUCCCACCGGUUCCAACGUAAAUGCAAUGAGCUCAUUGACUACCUCAAACUGUCCAACGGUUUUGAACAGUGAGCGUGAGUGGCGUAUGAUGCGUAAAAAUUGUAGAAUGAUGACCAUGCUACAAGAUUUGGAGAAUGAAGAGGUUCUGAUUGAUAUAAGCAACAAUGGGGAGAAUCCCGGUUUCGUUGGUGACGGGAUGACAAACGACACGGAGGGUAAUCUGUACUUGGCUGCGUGGUGCGGUUCUAAAGUUUUGAAAAUUGAUGUAAAGAAACGCGCGAUCGUUCAAGAAAUAGGCCUCCCGGUCACGCAAGUAACCUCCGUUGCUUUUGGAGGUCCUCGGCUGGAUGAAUUGUUUGUCACAAGUGCGGCCACCGAUGUGUUCGAUGGAACGGAGGGGUUGAUCAACCGUCGACCGCCCGGAUCAGGAAAAGUUUUCCGAAUUAGUGGAUUGGGAGUAAAGGGUCAAGGAAUGAAUAAAAUUGUUUUGAAUGAGUAA